GUACACAUACAUGCACACAUACACACACGCCCACAUACAUACACAUACACAUACACACGCGUAUAUGUAUAUAUAUAUAUAUAUAUAAUGUAUACUCUUAUACAUACACCCACACACAUAUUAUGUACGUACAUGCAACACGUACACACUCACAUGCAUAUACACACCCGUAUAUAUAUAUAUAUAUAUAUACAUGCACAUGCAACCACAUACCCAACGCUUACAUACAUGCACACAUGUGUGCAGACAUAUUGUGUGCAUGAACAAUGUGUGUGUGUAUGUGUACAUGCACAAUUUGUGCGUACAUGCACAACACGCAAACAUGCACACACACAAAUAUUGUGUAUAUAUACGUAA